GUAUUGUUUCUUGGAGGCAAUGAAGUGAAGAGCAGCGCUGUGGUGAAAUACUCGUCUGCCCCACCACAAGCAGCCUUUGCCCGUCUUCAGGAAAAAACAGACUUGAAACUUCCACCUGCCAAUUGGUUACGUGAAAGCGCUAAGCUGGGACCAGCAGGUACAACCAUUCUUGGCAACAACAAAAAAAGUAAACCAUUUUCAAGCUUUGGGAUGGCAUAUGACUUCAUUGACUCAGUUGGAAAUGAUGUAGAUGUUGUGUCUGAUUCAGAGAAUAUUAAAAAACUUCUGAAGAUACCUUAUAGCAAGUCACAUGUGAGCAUGGCAGUACAUCGCAUUGGGCGGACACUUUUGUUGGAUGAGCUAGAUAUUCAAGAACUCUUCAUGAGAUCAUCUCAGACAGGGGACUGGACAUGGCUGAAAGAGUUUUAUCAAAGGCUGAUUGAUCAGAAGUGGCAACGAAAAAAGAAGAGUAAAGAGCAUUGGUACCAGAAGGCAAUACUUUCUAAAUUUUUGUAUUACAGCAUUAAUGGUGAUGGAGCUGCUCAGCCUGUUCCUUCCACUUCAAAACAGCACCAGGAGGGUCCUGUUUCAGGUGAGAGUGAUGAAGCAGGAAGGGCCUCCUGGCCAGCUCCUUUUGAAAUGCCUUCUUCCUUGUCUGAAGAUCCAGGUGCCUCUAACCAGGGAAGUGUGCCUCUUGAACCCUCAUAUAUAGUGGGGCAUGUGGCCUCAGCCCCCAAAGAACAAAACCUGACUACUUUGUUCAAUGACGGGGAAAACAGUCAGGGACUUAAAAAUGACUUUGUUCGUAAUAUCUUGUGGACCUUUGAAGAUAUCCACAUGUUGGUAGGAUCAAAUAUGCCUAUAUUUGGAGGUGGGAGGUAUCCUGCUGUGAGCUUGCGUCUCAGGGAUAACAACAAGCCAAUAAAUGUGCUGACAGGAAUUGACUAUUGGUUGGACAACUUAAUAUGCAAUGUACCGGAGCUUGUGAUGUGCUUUCAUGUUAAUGGAAUUGUUCAGAAAUAUGAAAUGAUCAAGACUGAAGAUAUUCCCAAUUUGGAAAACUCUAAUUUUUCUACCAAAGUGAUAAAAGAUAUUGCUCAAAAUAUCUUAUCUUUUCUGAAAUCAAAUUGCACCAAAGAAGGACAUACUUACUGGUUGUUUAAAGCAAGUGGGAGUGAUAUAGUAAAGCUCUAUGACCUAACCACCCUUUGUGAAGAAACGGAAGACAAAUACCAAAACCCUUUUACAAUGCCAGUGGCAAUUCUUCUAUACAAAGUUGCUUGCAAUAUGAUGCUGAAGAAAAACCAGAACAAGAAACACUAUGGCACUAUCAGAACAUUGCUUCUUAAUUGUCUUAAGUUAUUGGACAAUGGCAGACAUCCUCAAAUUAUUGCUUCAGCAAACUACAUGUUAUCAGAGCUUUUUCAGUUGGAUGAACCUAAAAAAGAAGACAGUACAGACUUCCCUAUAAAUGGAAAUUCUGAUGAAAGUUAUAGCGAGGAAGAGGAAGAAAUGCCAGACAGUGAUGAAAAUGGUUCUUACAGUAACAGUUCUGAUCCACCAGAUGACAAUAAAGCAGUGGCUAUAAUCAAAUCUGUUGGAGAGUUAUCAGUACCAGAAAAGUACAAGUCUGUGCAUCGAAUACGUCCUAGCUGUGCCUUUCCUGUCUGCCAUGGCACUGAAGAGCGCUGCAGGCUAGUGCUUAACUAUGUCCUGGAGGGCUUGAAGUCUGUUGACAGCAGCGUUAAAAAAGAGGGUGAUCUUCCUGCCGCUGACCCCAGCACUCCAAUCCCAUUGAAAUAUGAAGAUGAAUCUGCCAGUGGUGGUCCCGAGUGUCUGGAAAAGCAGAUGGCGUUAUUUUUAGAUAAAAUGGGUUCAUUUCAGAAGGAUAAGCAUUCCAGUCAGUCAGGAAUGAUUCCUGGAUCGUGGCAAUAUAAAAUGAAACUCCAGCUCAUUCUGAAAUCAUCAAAGGCUUAUUAUGUCCUAUCUGAUGCUGCUAUGAUUCUACAGAAAUAUGGGAGAGCAUUAAGAUACAUCAAGCUGGCUUUACAGUGCCAUGAUACCUACUGUUGUCUCUGCGCCAGCAUGCUUCCUGAAGUAUUAGUAUUUCUUUGUCAGUGUUUAACCCUUUGUGGAGAUAUCCAAUUAAUGCUUGCUCAGAAUGCAAAUAACAGAGCAGCAUAUCUUGAAGAAUAUAACUACCAGACAAAAGAAGAUCAGGAAAUAUUACACAGUCUUCAUAGAGAAUCCAGGUGCCAAGUGUUUGCCUGGGCUACGGACUUGUCUACAGACUUGGAAUGCCAGCUUUCUGUCAGCUGUAAAUGUUAUGAAGCAGCUAAUGAAAUUUUACUUUUCAGUAAUUUAAAAAACCAAAAUCCGGAGCAACAUGUACAAGUACUAAAGAGGAUGGGUAAUAUCAGGAAUGAGAUUGGAGUGUUUUACAUGAACCAGGCUGCUGCAGUGCAGACUGAGAGAGUAGUGAGUAAAAACGUAUCAACGACAGAGCAGCAACUCUGGAAGAAAAGCUUCUCUUGCUUCGAAGAAGGAAUUCAGAAUUUUGAAUCAAUUGAUGAUGCAACCAAUGCUGCUCUUCUGCUGUGCAACACAGGAAGACUGAUGCGAAUUUGUGCUCAAGCCCACUGUGCAACUGAAGGUGACUUCAAAAGAGAGUUUUCCCCAGAAGAGGCCCUUUAUUAUAAUAAGGCUAUUGACUACUAUCUGAAGGCAUUAAGAUCUCUAGGUAAGAGAGAUGUGCAUCCAGCUGUUUGGGAUUCUGUGAACUGGGAGCUGUCUACUACGUAUUUCACUAUGGCAACUCUACAGCAGGAUUAUGCUCCGUUAUCUAGAAAGGCUCAGGAACAGAUAGAGAAGGAAGUUAGUGAAGCCAUGAUGAAGUCCUUGAAAUAUUGUGAUGUUGAUACAGUGUCUGCACGACAGCCUCUCUGCCAAUAUCGGGCUGCAACCAUCCACCACAGGCUUGCUUCAAUGUACCACAGUUGCCUGAGAAACCAGGUUGGUGAUGAACAUUUGAGGAAGCAACACCGCGUACUUGCUGAUCUUCAUUAUGGGAAAGCAGUACGACUCUUCCAACUCUUGAAGGAUGCACCCUGUGAGUUCCUUCGUGUUUUAGUGGCAUUUGCAGAAUUUCAGAUGGCAAGUCAGAACAGUAGUGCUGGGAAAUUAAAGACUUUGUUUGGGGCCCUAGAUAUAAUGGUGAAAACCAAGGGUGCAUUCCAGCUCAUCAGAAAGGAGCUUGUGGCAGAAAGUGAACAGAUUAGCAAGGAUGGAAGUACUGCUGAGAAUAUGUCACCUAAUGAUUCCUCUGGCCUUAACAAAGAAGAAGUACUGAAACUCCUUAGUAUUUUUGAGUCCAGAAUGUCAUUCCUUCUCCUCCAAUCCAUUAAAUUGUUAACUGCAACCAAAAAAAAAAUUGGGGGCAUUAAUGAAGAAGAAGUUGUUCUUAAAACAAACAAGCAAGUUUACUCCCUGCUGUUGCGUGCCAGUGCCAACAAAAGUAUGACACUGCUAGAACGAAUAGAGGUAAUCUUAAAUUUACUGGAACAGCUGUCUCAAAAUAACGAAGCUAGUAACGGAGGAAUUCAGUGA